AUGGCAUCACCAGGAAGGUAUGACAAUGGGGAGGGUCCGUCGUCAUCUCCCAAACUUGGGUCAUCUCCGAUAGCGACCUCCGCACGCCGUUCACGGUCCCCAGCUCCAGACUCUGUAAGGCAUGCCUCGAUAGCUCGGCUGGCCUCUCCAGUACCGUCGAUAUCCAACUCCGUUUCCUCGAGGCAAAUACCAGUUCCAGUCUCCACAGACGAGUCACAAGACCUCGGUCGAGUCGAUAACCUCUCGUCUCUCCCCGGUCCCGGGCAGUCCAUGAUUGCUUCUGCUCUUCAGGACAGUCUUGGUCGAUCACCUCCGAGAUUUGGGACUCCGCCAAGACGUACUGAGUCCCCUGCUUUUAACCAGAACCUGCAAAUCAGAUCGAACUAUGGCUCUUUUGACCAGAAACCCUGGAGGGAAGGUUCGGAGUACUCUGCAGCCCCGUACGAAGACCCGGAAAUUGUCAAGAGGCACUUAGUGCAACCACUAGAGAGCCGGGAUACUCAGUCCUCCGGAGACGGUACGGAUAACGCGGACGAUGAGUUCUCUAGCUUGCGAUUGCAAGGCGGCGACAUCACCAGACAAGUCUAUAGAUGGGCUGAGGAUGCGGAAGAAGGAGGUUCUGUGAGAAAGCCUCAACGGAGCAGGAGUUUUAGCCUGAAUAGACCUACCCCCGAGGAGGAAACUAUGAACAUCAGCAGCAUUCGCGUCCCAGGAGGGUUUCGAAGAGACUACUUGCGCAGGGCCGCAGGAAGCCCGGCUCCACGAGAUUCUGCUGCACGGGACGGAGCGUCCCCUGCUCCGCAUCAGAUUCCCACAAGUAGUUUCCUUGAAUUCCUAACACUCUAUGGCCACUUUGCCGGUGAGGAGUUGGAAGAAGACGACGAGAUGCUUGGACCCCACGAGUAUUUCUCCUCCGAAGCCUGGGACGAAACAGAAGAACGAGAGCCUGGUGAGGACUCUGCGCUUCUCCGUCCUGAAACUCCUGGCAAGAGGAGGCGCAAGCCCCGUGGAGGAACCGGAACGAACACUAGAACGGGGGCAGCGCUUCUUCUCCUUAAGUCAUUUGUGGGCACUGGGGUCCUGUUCCUGCCAAGAGCCUUCCUCAACGGGGGUAUGCUUUUCAGCAGUCUAGUACUCCUCGCCGUCUCGUUACUCAGUUUCUACUGCUUCAUUCUUUUGGUGAACGCGCGACUAAAGGUUGAGGGCUCCUUUGGUGACAUCGGAGGCGCACUCUAUGGAAAACACAUGCGUCGAAUUAUCCUUGGUUCGAUCGUUCUUAGCCAGUUGGGGUUCGUGUCUGCAUACAUUGUGUUCACGGCUGAGAACCUCCAAGCUUUUGUCCUUGCUGUUAGCAAUUGCAAGUCUUUCAUUGACAUCAAAUUCAUGGUGUUGAUGCAAUUGAUCAUCUUCCUGCCCCUCUCGCUAAUCCGGGACAUCAGCAAGCUUGGCUUCACUGCGCUCAUUGCGGAUCUUUUUAUCUUGCUGGGCCUGGUUUACCUCUUCUACUAUGAUUUCCUCACAAUAUCCGCACAGGGUGUCGCCGAGAUCUCCUCGUUCAAUCCUUCUACAUGGACUCUUUUCAUUGGAACUGCUAUCUUCACCUACGAGGGUGUUGGUCUCAUCAUCCCUAUCCAGGAGUCGAUGAAGCAUCCCAAGCAAUUUACAGGUGUUCUGGCCGGCGUUAUGGUCAUUAUCACGAUCAUCUUCCUGGCAGCUGGUGCUGUCAGCUAUGCGGCGUACGGACCUGCAACCAAGACCGUGAUCCUCCUCAACCUCCCGCAGGACGACAAGCUUGUGAAUGCGGUUCAGUUCCUCUAUUCAUUGGCUAUUCUCCUCAGCACUCCGCUCCAACUCUUCCCCGCCAUCCGCAUUAUGGAGAAUGAGCUCUUUACCCGCAGCGGCAAGUAUAACCCUGGCAUCAAGUGGAAGAAGAAUGGCUUCCGGUUCUUCCUCGUCAUGGUCUGCGCGUUUGUUGCCUGGGGUGGUGCCGAGGACCUCGACAAGUUUGUUUCUCUUGUCGGUAGCUUUGCCUGCGUUCCCCUCAUCUAUGUCUACCCGCCCCUCCUUCAUUACAAGGCUUGCGCGCGGACCAGAAGACAGAAGCUCGCAGAUAUUGCACUCACCAUCUUCGGAGUCGUCAGCUGCAUCUACACUACCGCAUUGACCAUCAAUAACUGGGUUAGUGGCGAUAAUGCCAAAGCCCCAGGGUACUGUGACGCCUGA